AUGUACGGCGAGAACUUGGACUUUGCAGACAACACAUUUUCUCAUAGUAUCACCAAUAUGGGCAUUCUAUUUUUUAAAGAUCCAAGCGCAGGAGCUAAGGAAAUAUACCGGACUCUGCGACCUGGUGGUGUGGCCGUUGUGACGUCUUGGGCUGAAGCGGGCUACUUGACCAAAGUCAUUCACCCUGCGCAAAAGGCUGUGCGGCCUACCGAUCCCUUAUUUCAGCUACCCGUCCCUCCCGUCUGGUUUCAACCUGAUCAUUUCAAGAGCUGUUUAGAGAAAGACGGGGGUUUUACUGACGUUGAGGUGCUAGAGCUGCGAUGUCAUUAUGGCGCACCAACUCUACUCAUUUUGCAGCAGAUGCUACUACGAAUCUUUGGACCUGUCUUUAACCGAUGGCCAAGCGAAGAUCAGGAAAAGUUUACCAACUCUAUCGCCGAAAUUCUAUCUAAUGUGGUGGAGGAAUACAUUAUGCCGAAUAGCGACAGGGGGUUGGGAGUUCCCAUGCGGGCGAUUGUAGCUAUCUGCAAGAAGUGA